CUUGAUAUGAUGCUAUUUUAAUAGACUUGUCCUUAGUUUCUACGUGACAAUAUACACACUUUCUUUGUUCUAAUAAAAAAAAUAAACUUGUGAUGGCUCAAAAAACAAUGGACGGGACAAGCGAUUAUCAAUAUUUGUGCCACCUUUGUCAUGGGGAGUUUCGUUCUGCUCACGAAGCCACCUCAUGUCGUCUAUGUUCUUAUCCGUACAUGUACGAGAUCGAAAGCAUUACAUUCUAUUUGGGGGAUAGUGACAAUCAUGAAGAAGAAGGAUUGGCAGCUUGGCGAUGGCGAUCAAGGAAUCAUCAUCCAGAAAGAGAAUCAUCUUUUAUACCCCAACAACCGGGAGUUGUGAUCCGUCUAAGACGGGAUGGUAUAAGUGGGGUUCCACCCCUAACCUCUAGGCUAGGGGGUAAACCACCACAGCUUCAGUCCACGGUCCAGAACAUUACACAUUGCAAUGAAUGGUAUUGGUGUUACCAAUGUAAGAAACCACACACAUUAGAACCAAACAUCGUCGUUUCAUCUUCUUCGCCUCCCGAAAUCAUACAAUGUCGUGAAAAUCCAGCCCAUAGAACAAUCAGAUUCACCGAUGCGCUUAGCUACAGCUUGAAUGAUUGUCACUGGUGCAAUCGAUGUGAACGACCUCAUUUUCCGGUUUCGGCCCCCUAUUUUUCUGUGUGUAGCUGCGAGGGCGAUGAGUCGAGGACAACGAUUCAAUUUCAAAAAACUGUCAUCAUUUAUAGGGAUGCCGAUCGAUAGAGAAACACUUGCGCGCGUUGUUACUCAUCUUAUGAAACCGUUGGUGUUUGAAAUUACGGAUGCGGUCGGCAUAUGUAAUCUAGACCGUAUCGUAACAUACGAGAGUAAUGAGACAGAUACUGAGGAGAAAAUUAUUAUGGGUUUAAUACCAAGGGUGAGAAUACAUGAUUUGACAAGGUGUGGGGAAUGCAUAAUAUGUUUGGAAGAGUUUGAGGUUGGAGAGGAAGGAAGUGAGUUACCUUGCAAGCACAUAUACCACAAAGAAUGUAUUGCUCCAUGGCUGAUGAAGAAUUACUCUUGUUUGUAGAUGUGAUUUGCGUUUACCUACAGAAACUAGUACGACUGCUGGUGAUGAUCAACAUGAACUUCAAGAGCCUCAACCGUCUCAGGGGAGCUUUAGACGAUGCUGGAGGAUUUGGCAGCUUUUAGUGAUGCAUCAUUUUAGAUGCUUAGCAGCCGAAUUGUGGGCUAUUAUUAGAGCAAUACUAAAAAUGAACUCAUGGAAGAACUGAACUAAAUCAAAGAAUCAAAUUAGUAAAUUAAAUCAUUUAAAUGUGUAACGUGUAUGCGGGAAUGGAAAGAUGUUUGGAAAGGUAAAAUCUCACUUACAGAAAAUCAUAGUGGCACAUGAAUGAUAAUGGAGUAUAUGAAAUUUGUCUCAUUUUACCAUAGUUUCUUGUAGAUUCAUUAUAUAUUUUUUCUGGUAUUAGAUUUACCUCAUUUUACCCUUUCUGUUUCAGGGAGUAGGUGUAGAUUUGAGAUAUCGCUACCGAAAGUGUCAUGACCGGAAACAAUAUUGUGACAACGGUUUGCCAUAUAUGUCUCUGGUAAGACCGGCACUGAGAAGUGAGAACUGAGCAAACUGAUGCAGCAGGGAAGCUUGCUUUCACUAAGAUGCACUCAUCCACCUCAAAUAACACCAUUUGCGUGAAGAUGGGCUAGAGAAAGAUCUUGCCGGCCCAUUGUGAGAUCAGUUCUUUCCUUUCCGAGUUUGCGUGACGACGGCCAGCCAUAAAAAAGCCUGAGCUUCCCAGACGCCGCCGUCCCCAUUACUCCUCUUGAUAUCUCCGUCAUCUCCAUUUCCGAUUCUUGGGUUUUCAACCGCCAUCUCACUUUCAUUCCUUUCUCCACCCAAUAGGGUUAUGAGGGUGAGAGAAAGAAAGGGCACAACUUCUUACGACUCAUUCUCUGUAUGAGAUUCAAAGCAUUACAUUCUACCUUGGGGAUAUCGACAACCAUCGAGCACCCCCGCUAGUUGGGCAGUGGCAGUCGAGAUAUCACAAAAAGGCAGAUCCAUUGGUAAUGCUUCAGCGGCCUGGAAUUGUAAUAUGUUUAACAUGGCGAGGAAAAGGUGAGCAACCCCGAACCACUGGAUGGAAAGGUGGGGCAGGGCAGCUUCAAACCGCCAUUGAACAGGUAAUGAAAUGCAGUCAAUUGUAUUGGUGCUACCAUUGUCGCAAACUAGGUCAUACAAGAGAAACAAACAGUGCCGAAUCAAUAAUGACUCCUCCUCUUACUCCUACAACUCCUGAGAUCAUGCGAUGUCAGGAUUGCUUAGGUGAAAGAGCUGUCAGAUUCACGGAUGCGACAAUUGACAACCAUAACCCCAUUUAUUGGUGUUAUGGAUGUCGUAAACCUUAUUAUGUUGGAGGAAUAGUCCAAUCAUCUUCCUCCUCCUCUUCUUCUGAGCUGAUAUGUCCUCAGUGUGGGGGUGAUCACCUCAUGUCACCGGUGCGAAUGCAAAGGAGCCUCAUCAUCCACGGGGAUGCCGAAAGAGACUCACCAAACGACGGUACAAGUACUGAAUUUAGCUGGUUUGCGAAACCUUUAAGCCACACGUGGUGGAUGCAAGACCAAAGAGAGUACUUUUGGGGUAGUGAUGCAGCGCUGGGUCGAGUGCAACUCAAUCACAUCCUAGGAACAAUACAUGAGAAAGAACCUUAUCCUCCUCGAGGUGGCGGCCCGCCCUCUGUGGAACUAACAAAUGUGACAACCGCUGAUGCUGCUAGCAAUUCAGAGUCACAUCGGGCAACCGGCCAAGAGGCCCAAGAAAGGAGAACAUGUUUGGAAGAGCUGGACGGGAAGGAAAUGAAAGGUAGCUCAAGCCUAAACCUAAACCUAAGAGGAGAUGGAGGAUUAAAGUUGUUGGUGUUGGUGGCUGCUUUUAUUGGUGGCCUUUUAUUAGGCUCCUUAAAAUUGAAUUGGUGAAGAUUGGUCCAUCUACAUACAUGCAUGUGCGCUCAUGCCCCUAGUUUAAUUUAUGUACAUAUAUAUAUUCAUGGAAUUAUAUUGAUCGAAUAUAUUGUACGUCGUUCUAAGCGUGUUUAUAUUACAUGUAUAUAAGUAUGUAACCCCAAUCAAACACAAUAAAAGAUGUUGGAAUUCAAUCAAUCAUGUUUUAUAAUUA